CGAAUGGAAAAGGAAAACUUGGGGGUUUUCAUGGAGUAAAGUGAACGACAAGGAGCUUGGAAAGGAAGUACUGAAAACGGAAACUACAUCCCUUCUACCGUUUGUUUUCACAUUUUAAUACAGAGACAAGAAUCUCAUAAAACAGGGAAGUUCCAGUUACUCAUUUUCUAAAAAGAAAUAUAUGAAUGCCUUUCAUUUCAUUUUUAUUACCAUUCUUUUGAUUUUUUUAACAGAGUUUAUAGAUUGUUCCAUUUUCUACUUGUAAUGAAGCAACCCCAUGGAAAACUGUUACUAUGAAGGAAACCCUAUUUGUAGGAAGAAAUGCUUUUUGGUUAACGAGAAAACUGGAUUCCAUGGUUUUCCUCAAUUUUGAAAAGUAAAAGGAAGAAAGAAUAAAAUUUUGUUCUAUAAGGAUUUUAUGAACGCAAAGAAAAAUAAUAGGAAGCAUGCAACAUCAUAGUCAAGUAUCAGCUACCUUAAAGUCGCUAGAGGCUUUUUUUGUUUCUGAAAAUCAUUUUCAAGAAACCAAGGAAAAUGCACCGAUCGUACAAGCUUGUCUAGAGAAUUUGGGGACCUGUGAGUCUUUAAACCGUGUACCAAUUCCAUUGUUCAUGAACAUAGCCUUUAUCGAUCAUUGUUUUGCUCUAGGAGUGAGUACAAUUCCAUCCAUGAACGAUGAUUCGAACUUGACCCUCUCGCAGCUUAUACUUUGGGAUACGCACCUUAUUAGUAGAUCUUUACAAAGGUUAUCAUACAUUGAAAACGAGAGAACGGAAUGUUUUCAUUUGUCUACUUCAUCUAGCAAUAAGGAUGAUGAGCGAUUGGCCCAAGAAAUCAACUUGGAUGCUGAGGCUAAGAAACUAUAUGCUGUGGCUAAGACAGGGAUUCUACGUUGGAUGAUAUUUCACCUGUUAGAACAGAGGCACGUUGAUUUGAAAUCAUUUUCAGAUUUUCUCGAUACUUGGUAUGCGGAUAGCUCAAACGAAAAGAAGGUAUUAGAAAAGAUAACAACACUAGACGAGAAAAAAAGGACCCAAAAAAUUUUGCACUUUCAAUCGGAGAUGCCAUGGGUCAGAAUACAUAGCAUCCUUGGACGUUAUCUAUUGUGUACCAAAUUAGAAUUAGAGAUAUUUCAUGGUUAUAACUUUCAGCAAUCAAAAAUUUUAAAUUUCUUUUAAAUUUAACUCGAAUUUUUUUUUGUGCGAGGCAAAAAAACCUUGAAUGAAAGGAACUCUUUUUUAAUGAUCGUUUUCAUCAUUCAUGACAACAUCCAAUACCAUACAAAGUACAUUCCAUGGUCAUUUGCUAAGCAAUUGAUAUUCUUUCGGCAAUCUCUCUUAGUGCUUGCUUGGCUUCCACAUCUGGGAAAACAGUCAAUGCAUCCUUUGCAUUUUUUCUAUAGCCAUUCAGUAAUUCUUUUUUCUUGGUUUUAUCCUCUAUGCUCUCCGAGAGGUCUUCAUGUGCUACGUGCAUAGACAAACCCAGGUACCUGCCGUAAGUAAAACAAGCUUUAUUCAUAUAAGCGGAAGCAUUGUUCAAGAUGCUAGCAGAUAAGCAAGCCUUCGCAGGAAGGAAUGCAGAUUGAAGCAAAAGCAUCCGUUCACUUUGGGAAUUCGCGUGAGAUUUUGGUUUCAUGAAAUGUCCCUCCACCAAGUUUGCAAUAACAGAGGCCAUAAGCUCUGUAACGGCACUACUUUCUAGAUGAGAAAGAUCAACAGAAGCUUUUCCUAAUAAAUAAUCACCAACCAAUGUUGCUAGUUUGAGCUCUUCGGUGCUUUGGUCUUCUCGGAUAUUGAUAUGUAUAAGAUUCGCGGCAUGAAUUAGUUCUGUGACACGUGAUAACUGUUUGUAUCUUUGAAACAUCUGUUGACUUGUAUCUCCUUCGAUCCUGGAAGCUCGUGACAUUAAUAAAACUAAAAGCGGAUGGAAAAACUGAGUGUUUGAACGUCUGUAGGGUUCAGUAAUUCGGUCCAAUAGCGGAUUAUUCCCCGUCCAAGCAUUUAGUUGCUUAUUUAGGGAUUCCAUUUCCUCAGUCAAAACAUUUAAAAGAUCUGCAUGCCAUCUGGAAUCUCGUGAAAGUACACCGACGGCCUUUAAAAGAACGGAUGCCCAAGAACUACUUUUGUUCACAGAAAAGUAAGAGGAUAUUAGAGAAGGAUUUCGAAGUAUAUGUAGUGGUAAACCCAUUUGGAAAGAAGCUUAAUGUCGGAUUUGCUGUAGUUGUAUAUAUGUGCCUGUAUAGACAAUUGCCAAUUUCUCCAAAAUGGGUUAGAGCCGUAUGAUAGAGAUGCAAACUAAAGAGACUGAUAAAAUGGUCUACAAAAUACAAAUUAUAAAGAAUAAAAUGAAUUAUUUACUGCG